AUGUCGUCUCUGGGUGUCCGUGGCAAUAGCCUCAAUAUUGUGGCAAUCCUGGGUGUUCUGAUGCCUGGGAUCAUGUCCGUUGGCUAUAACGCUGCAUCACUUGGUGGAGUCUUGAGUUUGGGGAGCUUUGAGAAGCAGUUCCCUGAGAUCGAUGUCCAGCAUGCUAAGAAUCAGGCAUAUACAUCGAGUAUCCAAGGAACCGUUGUCGCUGUUUACACGAUUGGCGGUUUCCUGGGAACCUUUUCCUGCAUUUGGCUGGGAGACAAACUUGGUCGUCGAAGGACUAUGAUGGUCGGAUCGUUUGUGCAGAUCAUUGGCUGUAUCUUGAACGCCAGUGCCUGCACCCUGAUCCAACUCGUCGUAUCUCGGGUCAUGAUCGGUGUCGGCACCGGUGCUUUGCUGGCCACGGUUCCUCUUUGGCAGUCUGAAAUCUCCCCUGCGAAGAAGCGUGGCACGCACGUUGUCAGCAAGGGCAUUUUCAGCGGCCUGGGAUGCGCGAUCGCGCUUUUCCUUGAAUACGGAAUGUCUUUCAUGGGAAACAGUGUGGCAUGGCGUUUCCCAUCCGCAUUUCCCGUUUUGCUUUCGGCCAUCGUUUUUGUGUUUGCAGCCCUUCUUCCCGAUUCGCCUCGCUGGCUUCUUCGUCAAGGAAAAGUCACUGAAGCCCGUGAGGUCCUGGCCAUGUUGGAGAACACUUCUGUCAAUGAUGAGAUUAUCGAACGACGGGUCGAGGAAGUGCAGGCUUCACUGGAAUUGGCCGGCGACAAGAGAUCAUUGGGUCAAAUCUUCCAUAUGGGUCCUCAGCGGAUCUUGCAUCGAGCUAUGCUUGCUGCUGGGCCUCUGAUAUUCCUUCAAUUGACCGGUGCCACGGUCACAACUUUUUAUACAACCGAAAUCUUCGAGAAGAACCUUGGACUUAAUGACACAACCUCCCGGCUUUUAGCAGGAGUAUAUCAGCUCGUCGGUCCCAUCGGCGGUGCCGUCUGCGUCCUCGGCAUUGAAGGGGUUGGCCGCCGCAAGCUCUUGAUGGGCAGCACGAUCGGAAACACUAUCUGCCUCGCACUGAUUGCAAGCCUUGGUUCCCAAUCCGGAAAUAUAUGGGCAUCACAUGGCGCCGUGUUCUUCUUGUUCUUGUUCCAUUUCAGCUAUAUCAUCGGGUUCGGUGGCAUUCCUUAUCUUUUUGCCACGGAAAUUGCUCCCCUUCAUCUACGCACCACCAUCAACAGCUUGAGCAUCAGUAUUUCGUGGAUUUUCAGCAUCUUGAUCACCAACAUCACACCUCUCGCCUUUAACCUCAUGGGCCAGCGGUACUUCCUCGUCUUUGCCGGUCUCAAUGCCUUGAUGACCCCUGCGAUCUACUAUCUGUUUCCUGAGACGGCUGGACGCAGCCUCGAAGAGAUGGAUGAGAUAUUCGCACUUUCUCGCGGCGUACUGGAUGCUGUUCAUUUGGCUAAAAAACUGCCACAUCGUCAUCAGAUCGAGUAUCAGUCUGGUAAGAAAUUCGAUGAUGACCUGAAGGACCCCGCAGCUUUGGCCUGA